UAUAUAAUUGAAAGACUAGUAGUUGCUUCAAGUAACACUCACUACAUAGUAGCUCUUCACACUUCUUCCAUACUUUCUUGUCCAUGCUUCAAAAAAUGGUUUCAAAAUCCAUUUUUCUUCUAGGCAUUUUUCUUGUGCUGGCCACUAAGGUUUAUUCUUAUGAUGAAGAUCUCAAGAUAGUGGUGAACUAUGUAAAUCCUACAGCUCCACCAAGUCCUAUAGUAACACCACCUUCUCCAGUGAAGGCACCACCAACACCACCUUUAGUUAAAUCACCACCUAUUGUGAAAGCACCUUCUCCACCAUUGGUGAAAACACCACCAUAUCAAUCACCACCAGUGAAACCAACACCACCUAUUGUGAAAUCACCUCCUUCUCCACCAUUGGUAAAAUCACCACCUUAUCAAUCACCACCUAUUGUUAAGGCACCUUCUCCCCCUCUAGUGAAACCAACUCCACCUAUUGUGAAAUCACCUCCUUCUCCUCCUUUGGUGAAAACACCACCUUAUCAAUCACCACCUAUAGUGAAGGCACCACCAACUCCUCCACCUAUUGUGAAAACACCUCCUUAUCAAUCACCACCAAUAGUUAAACCACCAGUUGCUCCAUCUCCACCACCUACUCCAAUAGUCAAAUCAUGGAAGGAUUGCAUUCCACUAUGUGGUUAUAGGUGCCAAAAACAUUCUAGGCAAAACACAUGCAUAAGAGCAUGCAUGACUUGUUGUGACCGGUGCAAAUGUGUUCCUCCAGGAACUUAUGGUAAUAGAGAAAAAUGUGGCAAGUGUUACACUGAUAUGGUGACUCAUGGCAAUAGACCUAAGUGUCCAUAGAUACAUACAUAUGCACCUAUAUGUAAUGGUUUCUAAGCUUGUGUAAUAGUAAUCAUGCUUAAGUUACUAAUAUGUUGUUAAUCAAUUAUUACAAGUUCAACACUUUUUGUGUUGUCUAUGUAAUAUGAUCCUUGUGGUCCAAGAAUUUUGAAUUUAUAUUGAAAUUAAAUGGUAUUGUUAUGGAAGCAUAUUUUGCUAGUGGAAAUUUAGGAGUACAAUUAUUAUGAUAUCAA